CUCUCACCUAGGCUGCACCGACUGACGUACGCAAUACGAGAAUAAUUACAGCCUCGUUAUGUGUUUUUUGUGAACGAGAAUGUGAAGAAGAACUUCAAUUACUCAUGAAUGGUUCUUUAGUUAAGUGGAGGUUUGCGUCGACCUCAAUACUCGUGGUAGCAUUGACUGAUGUAGAGGUCCAUUCGACUACAAUUUAACAGGAUGACUGUAACGACGCAGCUGUGGCUUUUUACGGUGUGCUCUACAGUCUCCUCGUCAUCCUCAACAGUUCAACUCAUCACUGAAAAAUUAUGGGACUCACAUCACUCAGUCGAAUCCAAGAGGUCAAAGAACAUUUGGUUUCCGAAUACCAACGACAUUCAAGAGCCGCCAAAGGCUUCAGUGCUUGAGGAACGUUCGAUCAGUUCAUUGAGACAGCAACUCUCAUCCGAAUCAGAAGAACCGCCGCUCCAAACCCUUUCACAUCGCUGGAAUUUUUUCCAGAACACUCUACAUUUAUUUGACCUCAAACCUUUACACAUUUAUGACCUAUUUACCACAUCUCACCAAGAUGUAAGGAGCGCAAACGGCAGUUCAUGGGGGCAGGGGUUAAUGGAUGUUUUGGAAUCUAUAAACGAAAUUAAUGAGUUGACGAAAAGAGAAAUAGAAAUCGAUCAUAGUUAUCACAGACUGCCUGAUCUUCUCGAGCCUAUGCAUUACACUCUUGCCCUCAAAGUCUAUCACUGGGGCAAUCGAACGUUCAGUGGUCGGGUCAGCAUUGCAGUCCGUGCUAAAGAGGAUUCCAGCGUCGUAUUCCUUCACUGCUCGAAAUUAAAUAUCUUCUGGGACUCGGUUCAGGUCAUUGAUUCAAGCGGGACCAGGCAGCACCGAGUGGUUGACCACAAGAUCCUACCAGGCCCCGAAAUGAUAGCGCUGGUUGUGCGCCCCCGUCUCAUAAAGGACGUUGCUUACAACAUAUCAAUUGAGUUCAGUGGAGUGAUGGCUGAAGAUGAGUACGGACUCUACAGCUUGUCCUACUCUAACAAUGGUGACACGCAUUACAUGGCGCUGACGCAGCUCCAGACGACGUACGGGCGUCAGGUGUUUCCUUGCUUGGACGAACCUGCGCUCAAGGCGCGCUUCUCCCUCCGCGUCGCCAGACCCACGAACUGCACGGCGCUCUCCAACACCCGUCGCAUCUCUACCACCCUCAUCGAGCCUGGUUGGGUGUGGGAUGAGUUCGAGACCACGCCGCUGAUCUCGACUUACAUCCUGGCGUUCGCUGUGAUUGACUUCGACUACCUCACUGUCACAGGGCCUGGCAUCACGUUUUCGGUGUGGACUCGCCCUGACCUUCUCCCGUUCGCUUCGUACGUGCUGGAAAUCGUACCUCAACUGCUGUAUUACUACCAAGAUUAUUUCAAAGUCAAGUAUCCACUCGGCAAACUCGAUAUCGUUGCUGUGCCUUCUGUUUAUCCUAGAGCCAUGGAGAAUAUCGGCCUCAUUUCAAUGCAUGAACGCAUGGUGCAGCGGACGCCAUCCUCCCGGACUCAGGACCGGGUGGUCACAACCAAAAUCGUGGCACACGAGUUGGCGCACAUGUGGCUCGGCAACCUGGUCACGCCAGCGUGGUGGGACCACAUCUGGCUCAGUGAGGGCUUCGCGACCUUCUUCGCUGCUCAAGCCACAUCUCUGAUCAUACCUGACGGUUAUGUGGAAGGCAGCUUCGUAGCUCACGAACAUUGGCUGUCUCUUGCUACAGACGUCGCGCCGAUGUCUCGCGCUAUUUACGUGCCCGUGUUGAGUAAUCAGACGCUUUUGGUCUUUGACGACCACACCUACAACAAAGGCGCGUGUCUCGUGAGGAUGAUGCAGUUCUUUAUGGGGGAAAUGAACUUCCGGCGAUCCGUAUCUACUUACAUAAAGACGAGACAAUUUUCUACGAGCACGAACUGGGAUCUGCUGAGCGUGUUAGGAGACACGAACACCGUCCGUGAACGCCUCCCCGAGUCUGUGGAGCUGUCAGAAGUGAUGCGAGGGUGGCUCACCAUCGUCGGCUAUCCCCUCAUCACCAUCACCAGACUCUCUAAUGGCACGGCGCGUCUGGAACAGGUGACAGUUGCUUGGAGGAAAUAA